CCCCACCUAGAAUAUCGAGUUUGACAACCAUGAGUAUUUCUUUGUUCUCAAGGCAUUGUUAUGCAAAGUUUUUGUUUUCAAGAGCUAUUUUUCCGUUUUUAAUAGUUUGGUGAAACUUUUGCAUUAUUUUGUGUAGUCUUAGUAAUAUUUUGUGAGAUUUUUUUGAACCCCUAAGUUUUGUGUUUUGUGUGUGUGUAGGGUGGCCAUUUUUACCAUGUACGUGUAUCCAUUGUGCAUUCUGUUUUGCAUUCUUUGAGAUUUAAUAAAUGUUUUCUAAGCAAUUCAACACAGUACUGAAGGCGCUGUUCUUUAUACCAGUCUAUGUGUACAAAAUUGACAAGGUUGAAAACUAGAAAUACAGUUUUCGUAAAUCAGAUAAUAGGUAUGGAAAAGAACUCAAUUAGAAAUUAAAAUUGUGUUCCAAUAAAUACUUAAUGCCUGAUGCUCGUAUAUAUUGUUAUGUUUUGAUUGUCUUUAUGAGAUACUGCAUAUAUUGUUUGAGAACCGAAGCCAAUUUGACAAAGCUAUCUUUUGUUUGAAUAUUGCUUAUAUUCCCAUGAUGGUACUUUUGGUGAGCGCAACACUUGGUUUUACUAAUGGUUUUUAGUUUAUGAAGGUAGAGGAAGACUCUAGCAAAGCAUCUUUCUAUUUCGAUGAGCAGCCUAUAGAAAGCCCUGAAAAAGAUUAUUGGUCUGACUUUGAUGAUGACAGAUAUCAGACACUGAAUAGUUUUGCACCUGAAAUACGUAAUAUAGAUAGAUAUGCUCAUAUCAAGGACGGUAGGGAGGUCUAUUUCAUAGAUCUUGAGGAGGACUGCCGUGGAAAAGUGCUCCUCUGCAAGGAUGUAUUGAAGAAAGUUGGCUGCUGCCCAUGUCAUUUUCUGUGGUGCUCCAAGAUAAUACCUCAUAUGUUUUAUGCAAGAUUAAAGGAGAAUGAAGCUGCAAAGCUCCCCAAUGUCAAAGGAGUUUCCAAUGUGAUUAAUGCAGCUGAGGUGUUCGUUGAUGAUUGAUAAGAUCACUGUAUGCUAUUCCCAAACAUGCCCAAUGAUAUUUUUAUAUUGCAUUUGUUUAUUAGUAUAUAUUUAAAUUUCAUAUUCCAUUACUACGUAUUUCUUACUCCAUUUCCCAAUUUAAAUUAGAUUUGUUGUUUAUCAUGUUGGACUAAAAUAGUUUUCAACUC